GACGUCAGUACCGACCCGCUCGUAGCUCGUAGCGCUCGUGCGGCGUAGCGAUCGUAGAGAGCGUAGACCUAGUGCUGUGUUGUGCUGUGUUGUUCUGUGAAACAUGUUUUGAGAUGAGAGCAAAGGGAAUUCAAAAUAAACAGCGCGUUUGAAAAUGUUCGUAUGAUCCGAUGUGUCGGACUGUGUCUGUGUAGUGAGUGAUGUGAUCAGUGAUGUGAUGGUGGCCAUCAUGCUGCCGGCGCUGCGGGUGCUGGCUCUGGCGGCCUUCGGGGUAGCGUACGCCAAUCUAAAUAAUGAUAACCUCGACAUCACACGGCAGGGCUCCAUCCGCCCCUCCCUUCUGCACAGGGGAACACCUCAACUUAACUUGCAAUCAGUUUCCAUGACCCAAGUGAUAGCGGUGGCAGGUGAGCCCGUGUAUCUGCCGUGCGACAUCGCGUCCAUAGACGAAGAUGACGCCGUGCUGCUAGUACUGUGGUAUAAGGAGGAUCUCGGGACGCCGAUAUACAGCGUCGACGCCCGCGAGCGAGACUUCGGCGUGGCCGAACGCUGGUCCGACGAGAGCGUCUUCGCGUCCCGAGCUUAUUUCUUGCCGGAGCGAAGACCAGCAGAGUUAGGAGUCGACCGAGUCAAGGCUUCUGACCAGGGCAUCUACCGCUGCCGGGUCGACUUCAAACAGGCCCAGACUAGGAAUUCUAGGGUCAAUCUCACUGUCAUAGUGCCUCCGAGCAAGAUGGUGAUAACCGACGACCAGGGCGACGUGAAGCAGGCUAUCGUCGGGCCCUACGUCGAGGGGGACUCGUUUACGCUCAAAUGUGACGUCAGUGGAGGCCGUCCCCGACCAUGGGUAAAGUGGUUCAGGGAUGAAGUGGAACAAGAUACGCCGGCGACGCCUCUGGUGAACAACGGGGUCCGCGGGGUGCUCCGCGUAGGGCCUCUGACCAGGGCUGAUGUGAGGGCCACACUUACGUGCCGAGCCUCGAAUCACCAGCGGGCGCAUCCUAUUGAAACUACGCUCACGUUAGAUAUGAAUUUUCCUCCUCUAACAGUCCACAUCCUGGGCUCGAACCAGCCUCUCUCGGCCAGCAGGCGCUACGACCUCCUCUGCCAGAGUUCAGGGUCAAGACCCCCCGCCUCCAUCACCUGGUGGAAAAACGGGCACCGGAUUAACAACGCUAAAGAAACGUUGUCAACGGAUGGCAAUACAACGACGUCAACUGUUUCACUGUUGCCGAGCAAGGCAGACGCGGGUGCGAGGCUUGCAUGCCGCGCCUCAAAUCCGGCUAUGCCGCAAAUCCCCUCGCUUGAAGACGGCUGGACGUUAGAUAUACAGUAUAUCCCGGAGACCACAGUUCGAUUGGGCACCAAUCUCGAUCCUACUAACAUCAGGGAAGGGUCGGAUGUCUACUUCGACUGCAUCAUUAGGGCGCACCCCUAUGUCUACAAAGUUGAAUGGAGGCAUAAUGGAAAAACGUUGCUCCACAAUAUCGGGCAAGGCAUCAUCAUCAGCAACCACUCGCUGGUGCUGCAGGGCGUUGGGAGAAGAACUGCUGGCAACUAUACGUGUGUCGGCUUCAAUGCGGAGGGCGAUGGCGAGAGCAAGCCCUUUUCCUUGGACGUGCUUUACGCACCGACGUGUCGCAGCUCACAGCAGAGGGUGCACGGAGUAGCGAAGCAAGAACGAGCACACAUCACGUGCCACGUUGACGCCAAUCCGUCUGACGUGACUUUUCGUUGGACCUUCAACAACACGGCAAACAGCAACGAAGUGAGCGACUCUUACGUGUCUCGCGCCGGCACUAGCUCGACGGUCACGUACACGCCCCAUACGGAGAUGGACUACGGCACUCUACUCUGUUGGGCGCAUAACAGGAUUGGGAAACAGAGGGUACCGUGUGUCUACCAUAUCAUUGCUGCUGGGCGGCCAGACCAAGUGCACAACUGCACGGUGGUGAACGCGUCGCUCACGUCGUUCGGAGUCCGCUGCAUGGAAGGCUUUAAUGGCGGCAUGCCGCAGUCCUUCCUCCUGGAAGUCCGGGAGAUCGUCACACAACAAAUCGUGGCGAACGUGUCCAGCGCCGUCCCUCGCUUCACAGCCGUGGGUCUCCAGCCCGGCCGUACGUACGCCACGGCGGUGCUGGCGUAUAAUGCCAAGGGGAGGGGCGAGCCGUUCCCGCUCCGUGCUGGGACGCUGCGCCCGCCGGAGAAGCAUCAUGUUCAUGACAAGAGCUUACAAGACUUACCCCGAACCGCCUUUCAAAUGUCCGGCACCAUGUCAGCGGCCGUGGGCGGUGGCGGCGUGCUCAUGGUCGUCAUAGUUCUCUUCAUGAUCGCCGUGCGGCAGCGCUGCGCCAAGCGCAAGCCGCGCUCUGCGCCCGCGCCGACGUCACAACCCGCGUCGCCAGACAAGCUGAGAGAGAAGGACGAUAGCGAGAGCGAUGAUAGGAACCCGGAUAUUAUACCUUCGGAUACUGAUCAGAUGCAGAUGGACUACUACCGGCAGCAGCAGGUUUCAACGAUAUCCCCACCGCUGGGCAACCGCGGGCCACGGGGCAGCGUGGCCGGCGUCCGCGGGGGUUUGCCCGGAUAUUGCCCGCUCCGCACCGCACCUCCACCCUCGCACCCACCCAUGCACGAGUCCGGGACCGCGCCAUCCGGCAUCCCGCCGCCCGCACGCUUCGCGUCCGGCUCUUGCACGCUCCCCCGCGGCACCACGCUCGCCCCCGAACGCUGCGGCAUCCCGCUGCAGCACCUCCGCACGCUGCCGCGGCCGCUGCCCGCCCCCGCGCCCCUGCCGCGGGUCAUCCCCCGCGACACUCCGCUCUGACAAACAACGCAGCUGUAGGACAUGUAAAUAAUUAAGUGAGUGCUCAAGACUUUUGUUUCGUUCUGGUGACAAAUUUAGAUUUAAGAUCGGUUUUAUAAUCAAUAAAGAUUUUGAGUGCUGCAAUGUCUUUGAAGCCAACACGUCGAACAGGGAAAAGUGGAAUGUAAAGACAAGGAAGACAUACCCCACCAUCAGAUGGGAAUAAUAAUUGCCAAGGAGAGA